AUGCAGGGUUCGCGGAACCUUCUCUCGUCGUCGAGUGAUGUCACAGUAGCCAUCACUAGCCACGACUGGAAAGAUAGUGCGAAGGGUAUCGGCGCCGGCAAAAGCGCCGUGGAUGGCGGAAACGAAUUCGACGGGGUGGAUAGCUGGCGAGGCGCGUUCGCCGGGGAGGUGGUGACUGUGGAAGAGGUCCGAGAAGACAAGGGGGAAGCGAAACGGCGGAAAGGCAACCGGGGAAAAUCGAAGAAAUCGAAGGCGGGGGAAAAGCGAGGAGAGGAUGCGGCGGUAAUGGGGCGCACGGGUGAUCAGGGUAGCAAAAAGGGGAAAGGACUGGUUGUUGAGAUUGCGGAGAAGGAGAAAGGGAAGAAGCGGGAAGAGAUGGUGAUCAAGGUUGGCGGGUUGACCAAGGAAGCGAAGAAUGACACCCGCGAGAAGAGAGGCGAGACAGGCGAGGAGGGGGAAUUGAAGGGAUCAGACAGCAGAACGGAGGAGCAGCGUGAUGAGCGGCGGGAGGAGGGGAUAGAAAAGGAUCACGUAGGGAAGGAGGAGAGUGCACGGGAUAGCAGCAGCACGCUGCAUACCGACAGCACGCGGCAGGAGAGCGGCACGCGGGAGGAGAACACGACGGGGGAGGGAGGGCGUGAGAUUGGUAGCGAUACGCGGCAGAAGGAGGAGGUCGGGGGGAAGGCGGAGGCAGCUGCUGGCGCGCAUGAGGGGAAACAUAGCAGCCCAGGGGCACAGGCAGCCAAAUCGGAUGUCGCAUGGGAAGCGGAUGUCGCACCGGAAAGAGAAGCAGCGGGAGAGUCAAAGGCAUCAGGGGAGGCGGGGGCGGCAUCAGGGGAGGCGGAGUCGGCAUCAGGGGAGGCGGAGUCGGCAUCAGGAGAGGCGGGGCCGGCAUCAGGGGAGGCGGAGACGGCAUCAGGGGAGGCGGGGGCGGCAUCAGGGGAGGCGGAGUCGGCAUCUGGGGAGGCGGAGUCGGCAUCAGGGGAGGCGGGGGCGACAUCAGGUGGUGGAGUUAGCGACGCUGCAGUGAUCGCUGUGGCCGAGGGCAACCUAGGCGCACGCCUGCAGGCGCUUUGCCUUGCGCCCGCCGUCAGCGCGGUGUGGGGCGCGCGCGCACCGGGGGAGGCGGAUGCGGGGAAGAAGGAAGGGGAUAAGGCGAGGGAGGUAGCCGUUGUGUGGAGUGACUCAGCGGUCGCGGAUGCUGACGUGGACGGAAGUGCUGCUGAUUCCGCUGGCGGCAGUCCCAAGAAGGGACCCGCAGGGGAGGGGUUCUUGGAUUUAUUCAGCGGGUUUCCCGGUGUAGAUGCAUUACGGUUAGACGAGAAGGAUAAGGCUGCUUGGCCGAGUGUGACUGUAACGGGAGCAGCCUCUGCUGCUCCUCUUUUAGAGUCACGGAAAGAGGUGCAAGUCUCGUUGCCGGCCUGUGUAGACGAGGGGUCGGAAUCGGCCAAUACGAGCGCGACAAGCGGCAACAGCAGCAGCAGCGCGGAGGUGCCCGGAUUGUCGUUGUCGCUGUGGGUCCCUUCUGGACUAAGCCACGUGGCAAGCAGAGAAUGGUUUGCCACCGUACUGCACUCCUCGCCACAAGUGUUCCCCCCCCUCUCUGGAACUUCCUCUCCCCCGGUCCCCCCAACCCUUCGUUUUCUUCCCUUCUAUUUCCUUUCCCCUUCCCGUCCUACCCCCUAUCGCCGCAUCUCCCCCCAGACCCCCCCCGAGGCAUGCUCCGCCCUCCGCCUCUUCCAGUCUUGCCUGGGCGCUCUGCAGCCCUCGCCACGUGUCAGCAGAUUACUGGAGGAGGGAGCGCUGGGGGAAACGGGAGCAGCUGCUGGGAGGUCUGAGGGGGAGAUAAAGGAGGGUGGGGGAGGACGGGUAAAGGGGGGAUCUAGGGAGAGACUAGCUCGUAGCACGGCUGUGUAUCUGGAAGCCAAUCAGGUGAUGCCAGGGGGCACGUGCGGAGGGUGCCCCGAGGACCCUCUACUCAACUGCACGCUUCGCGCGCUGACGUGGCGCUACCUGCGCGUGCCGUCCAACUCGUCUGACGUGGACUUCACUGUAGCAGCUGCCUCUGCUAUAGACGCUGCUACAGUCGCAGGCACCUUCCAUCCCCUGCGCGCCCCCCUCCUCCUCCCCCACACUGCUGUCAGAACGGCCAUGGGUUGCCCCUUGAGAAGACCUCCCUCCUCCUCCUCCUCCUCCUCCUCCUCCAGUGCGUCGCCCAGCAGCAGCUCUGCUGCGUCUGCCUCUUCCGAUUCCUCACCACCAUCCUCAUCCUCCUCAUCACCAUCACCACCAUCCGCAUCGUCUUCGUCGCGGCGACUGUUGGCGCUUAAGGGAGGGGAGAAGGAGCACGAGGAGCAGGAGAGGAAGUCUGGUUCACCGGCUGAGUGGUCUGGGAGCGAUAGUAGUGAGAACAGAAGCAGUGGGACGAGGAGCAGCAGCAGCAGCAGCAGCAGCAGUGGGGAGAGCAGGGCGGAAGGGCACGAAUGGAGUUGUGGUCAACUGGAGCUGGCGGAGCUGCUGCUGCUGUCGUGGGCUCGAGGGCUCAUCCACUCGCGCCCCUCCGUGGAGGCUCUCUUCAUUGCCGCCCAGGGGAAGCACCGGGCGAGUCAGAGCAGCAGUGUGGGGGGAGAUGUGGGAGCCUCUGCAGAGGCUGCUGCUGUCCGCCCUCUGGCAGCCGCGUUUGUGAAGGAGGAGAGUGUGUGCGCUGCCCCUCGUGUUGCCCGGUUUGUGGACCAGAAGUACCUGCAGCAGAUGCUCGUCGAUGAGGAGCUCAAGGUGGUGUACUGCUUUGUCCCCAAGGCGGCCUGCACGAGCUGGAAGGUGUGGUUCCGCCAGCAGCUGUCCAAGCGACUCGGCAGCAUGAAGUCAUACGGCGUGCCGGAGCGAAUCAUCGUACACAACCCGCAGCAGAGCGGGCUGAGCAUCAUGGGGUACGGGUUUGAGGAGCACGACAACAUUCGCUUCCUCACCCGCCCGGACUUCUUCAAGUUCUCGUUUGUGCGCAACCCGUUUACACGGAUUGCAUCGGCGUAUCUGAACAAGCACGUGGACGGGGGGUAUCCGCACGACCGCAAGUACUGGAACGAGCGCUUCUUUGCAGGGCUACAGGCGUACAACGAGCUCAUGAAGAGCCAGAACGGUAGCGACUUCAUCCCCUUCUCAACCUUCAUGUCAUUCCUCCAGAUGCAAGCCACACGCUAUGUAGCGCGCAUGGACCCCCACGUCCGCCCCCAGAUAAAUCUGUGCAAGCUGAAUUCGAUCCGAUAUGAUUUUAUUGGGCGGUUUGAGAAUCUAGAGGAGGAUGUGGCGAAGGUGAUGCGGCAGUUUGGGAAGGAGGGGAAAGAUGCCUUUAAUAUUGGCCAUGGCGCACACCCAACUAAUGCGUCGGAUAAGCUUCUCGAGUUAUAUGACCAGGUGAGUCUAAUGGUGUACGAUUAA